GAGUGAAGAAAGAAAACUACUGCUGGGCUACUUUUUUGUUCACUCGUUUAGUACUUCGUUUUAUUUUAAUUUGUUCACUUUUGUCCUUUGAUGAGACCGAAUUCCGCACCAACAGCACGCGAAAGCGCAUGCGCCAACACCUGGCUGCGCGUGACGCCCACGAGAGUAAAGCUCCUUUGUCGAACGCGCGCGGAAAGGAGAUUAGAAAAGUACAGUAAACGCCCGCAAGCAACAGAGAGGUGGAUGUUACAGCGUCGUUUGGCUUCGUCCAGCCAUACAGUUCAACUUUUUGCCACCUUUUCUCCCCCUUCCAGGUGAGCGCCACUGAGCAUUUUUUUCCAGUCCGAGACGAAGAGAAAAGAGAAAAGUAAUGGACCCGGGUGGAGAAUUAAGAACAAGCUAGCGCCGUCCGUGCGGAGAACGAAACGGGAAGAAGAAGAGAAAAAGAAUUUGACGGGCUGGACAGAGGGACAGGAUGGGGCUGGAUCUCAGCACUCUCCGGACCCUCAUCAGCAGAUAUUGUGCGGGUGAGGAAAACUGGGUGGACAGUAGGACAAUCUACAUUGGACACAAGGAGCCUCCUCCAGGGACGGAAGCUUUCAUACAACAAAGAUUCCCAGACAACAGGAUAGUCUCCUCUAAGUACACAUUUUGGAACUUCAUCCCCAAGAAUAUGUUUGAGCAGUUCAGGAGAGUUGCCAACUUCUACUUUCUCAUCAUCUUUCUGGUUCAGUUGAUCAUUGACACACCCACCAGUCCUGUCACCAGUGGACUGCCGCUCUUCUUUGUCAUCACAGUUACAGCUAUCAAGCAGGGUUACGAGGACUGGCUGAGACACAAAGCGGACAACGCUGUCAACCAGUGUCCCGUCCACGUGCUGCAACAUGGCAAAGUGAUCUGCAAGCAGAGUCGCAAACUGCGGGUGGGAGACAUAGUCUUUGUGAAGGAAGAUGAAUCAUUCCCCUGCGAUCUCAUACUCUUGUCCUCAUCCCGGGAUGAUGGAACCUGCCAUGUCACCACAGCCAGUCUGGAUGGCGAGAGCAGUCACAAGACAUACUAUGCAGUGCAGGACACCAAAGCUUACAACGCUGAGACUGAGGUGGACUCAAUCCACGCUACCAUCGAAUGUGAACAACCACAGCCAGACCUGUACAAGUUUGUUGGUCGCAUCAACAUUUACAUGAACAAUGAGCCAGUGGCAAGGCCAUUGGGAUCAGAGAACCUGCUUCUCAGAGGUGCCACACUGAAGAACACAGAGUACAUUUAUGCAGUUGCCAUCUACACUGGGAUGGAAACAAAGAUGGCUCUUAACUACCAGUCCAAGUCUCAGAAACGCUCUGCAGUAGAAAAGUCAAUGAACGCCUAUUUGGUGGUCUACCUAUGCAUUCUCAUCAGCAAGGCCUUUGUCAACACAGUGCUAAAAUAUGCGUGGCAGGCCGACCCCAUCAGAGACGAGCCCUGGUACGAUCAGAGAACUGAGGCAGCGAGGCAGAGAAACAUUGUGAUCAGAGCCUUCACAGACUUCCUGGCCUUCAUGGUCCUAUUCAACUACAUUAUCCCCGUUUCCAUGUACGUCACUGUGGAGAUGCAGAAGUUCCUGGGCUCCUAUUUCAUGAUGUGGGAUGAUGAGAUGUUUGACCAGGAGCUUGGCGAGAGAGCAGUGGUCAACACAUCAGACCUGAAUGAAGAGCUGGGACAGGUGGAGUAUGUGUUUACUGAUAAGACAGGGACGCUAACAGAGAACAACAUGGAGUUCAUCGAGUGCUGUGUGGAUGGACAUGUUUAUGUCGCCCAAGCUAUUUGUAAUGGGCAGGUUUUGCCUGGUGCAGAUAGCAUGGACAUGAUUGACACAUCACCAGGUCCUGAGGCCAGGCAGCGCGAGGAGUUGUUUUUCCGUGCGCUGUGCUUAUGCCACACUGUGCAAGUGAAAGAGGAGGAGACGGUAGAUGGCAUCAAGCAGGGCAUCCACCGUGGCAAGUCCACUUCCUUCUACAUCUCGUCAUCUCCGGAUGAGGUGGCGCUUGUAGAGGGCAUGAAGAGACUUGGCUUCACGUAUCUGAGACUCAAAGACAGUCACAUGGAGAUCUUGAACCGAGAGGAGGAGAUUGAGAGGUUUGAACUCCUGGAAGUUCUGACCUUUGACUCGGUCAGAAGGAGGAUGAGCGUCAUUGUCAGGGCCAGCACCGGUGAGCUGUACCUUUUCUGCAAAGGAGCAGAUUCCUCCAUCUUCCCAAGGGUUAUAUCAGGCAAGGUGGAUCAAGUCAGAGCUCGGGUGGAGCACAAUGCAGUGGAGGGUCUUCGGACACUCUGUGUGGCAUACCGGCCGCUCAGUCCAGCGCAGUACCAGGAGGUGUGCUUACUUUUGAGUCGAGCCAAGUUGGCACUACAGGACAGGGAUAAACGUCUGGCGGAGGCUUAUGACAUUAUUGAGAAAGACCUCAUCCUGCUAGGAGCCACUGCUGUGGAAGACAGACUCCAAGAAAAAGCGGCAGACACCAUUGAGUCCCUGCACAAAGCUGGAAUGAAGGUGUGGGUGCUGACCGGUGACAAGAUGGAGACGGCAGCCGCCACUUGCUAUGCCAGCAAGCUCUUCCACCGCAACACGCAGAUCCUGGAGCUGACCACCAAGCGCACAGAGGAGCAGAGCCUUCACGAUGUCCUGUUUGAUCUGAGCAGAACCGUCCUCAGGCAGCAUGGCGGCAUGAGCAGGGACGUUUCUGGUUUAUCAGGUGACUACAUGGACUACGGCCUCAUCAUCGACGGAGCAACCCUCUCGACGGUAAUGAAGCCAGGCCAGGAAGACUCCAACUCAGGAAACUACAAAGAGAUUUUCCUAGAAAUUUGCCGCAACUGCAGUGCUGUCCUCUGCUGUCGAAUGGCACCGCUUCAGAAAGCGCAGAUUGUGAAGCUGAUCAAGACCUCCAAGGAGCAUCCAAUCACUCUUGCCAUUGGAGACGGCGCCAAUGAUGUCAGCAUGAUCCUCGAAGCUCAUGUUGGCAUAGGUAUCAUGGGUAAAGAGGGACGUCAGGCAGUGAGGAACAGCGACUAUGCCAUUCCCAAAUUCAAACACCUGAAGAAGAUUCUGCUUGUCCAUGGACAUUAUUACUACAUACGCAUCUCUGAACUUGUACAGUACUUCUUUUACAAGAAUGUCUGUUUCAUCUUCCCGCAAUUUCUAUACCAGUUCUUCUGUGGUUUCUCACAACAGCCACUCUAUGAUACAGCCUACUUGACCCUGUACAACAUUAGCUUCACUUCCCUGCCCAUUCUGGUCUACAGUCUCAUCGAACAGCACAUCAACAUGGACAUCCUGAAGAAGGACCCGUCCCUAUACAGGGACAUUGCCAAGAAUUCAUUACUGCGGUGGCCCAUCUUCAUAUAUUGGACUCUCUUAGGUGUAUAUGAUGCCAUUGUGAUGUUCUUUGGUGCUUACUUCCUGUUUGACAACACCACAUUUACCAGCAACGGACAGCUAAUGACAACCAACACACAGAUGAUGUUUGGAAACUGGACCUUUGGGACACUGGUCUUUACAGCGCUGGUCUUCAUAGUUACAUUCAAGUUGGCCCUCGAUACACAUUACUGGACCUGGAUCAACCACUUUGUAAUAUGGGGCUCGCUUAUCUUCUUUGUGGUGUUCUCUCUACUGUGGGGAGGAAUCAUCUGGCCCUUCCUCAACUACCAAAGGAUGUACUACGUAUUCAUGCAGAUGUUGUCCAGUGGCCCUGCAUGGCUGAGCAUAGUACUGUUGAUUAUAGCCAGUCUUCUGCCAGAUGUGCUGAAGAAGGUCAUCUGGAGGUCUCUUUGGCCCACUACCACUGAACGUAUACAGAAUGCUGAUAAAGUAUACAAGGGUCAGCUUUCCGAGUUCACCCCCCUGUCGUCUAUCCACGCUGCUCCCAAUGCUGGCAGCCGCCGUCGAGGUUCCAGCAUCCACAGGAACACGCCUAACCCUACAAGGUCUGAACCUUUUACCAAGAAAGCCAUGGUGACACGCUGGCAGAGGCCCCCAGAUUAUUGCACCUUCCCGCCCCUGCUGGGAUUCACCGAUGUCAACCACACGUCAAAGCAGGGCCAAACCUUCAGCAGGGCUGGACCAGAGACUUUGGUCUAAUUUAUGAAUUGUCAUAAAACAGUGUCGUGAGCAGAACUAAUUGAAUGCUGUUCAAAUGGACCAAAUGGCUUCCAAGUCGAGCUGUGCUAAGCUCAUUUCCCGAUGUCACUACGCAUGUCGCUAAUAGCGGGUAUGCGUCACCACACUGCAAGGGGUUGACUGUUGCCAAGUCAGCAGUCAAGCAUGACACAAAGCAUUGUGGGAUGACUAUGGAGAGGACUACAUUCCGAUCAGGGCUCAGUGUCACAGCUUUGCAGCUUAACAUUAGCACUGGAAUCAUCUUUAAUUCUGAAGUGCAAUUGGAUUGUUGGGAUAUGUUGGGUUUUUAUUUUCUUGUAUUAUGAUGGUUAACCAGCCAUUGUCUUCUAUGCAGACUGAAAUUUUGUUGAUGAUGACCAUGAGAGCACCUCUAGCCCCUAUGACCCGAGUAAACAUCUCCUUCCUUCCUUCCUUCCUUCCUUCCUUCCUUCCUUCCUUCCUUCCUUCCUUCCUUCCUUCUUUCUUUCUCACUUUCCGUGUGCUCUGUGUCUUUAUAGGACAAACUGGUCCUCCCUGCAUGCAAACGCAUUGUCCAGAAACACUUCAUAGGACACACUGCAACGCUGUAAGAAAGGUGUCUCAAGGGCAGAGGCCUGCGUGUUUACACUUGUAGGCUUCGCCAUGUCCCUAGUCGAACUAGCAUCUUACAUAUAUUUCAGUGUGUAUUGUGUUUUGCCUUUGUGUGGUAGACAUUCUAAUAGCAUGUAUCCUGCCAGCUGUUGACUAGUCAAUCUUUCGUCGUGGCCCUUUUUCCAAAGAAUAUUCCGCUAGCAGCAGUAGUUGUGUGACUGCGCUCGCUGUCUCGUUGCCUUUGAUGUUGUGGAGUGAAUACUGCACCCCUCAUAUUUACCAGAAGUGCAGAAUGACAAUGUGACAUCAUGGAGGCUACAGCUGGUUUAUUGUGCUGUAAAUCGACCAAUAUGCCUGUUACGGUGUUACCUUGGUCACAGAAGAGCAGGGUUUUUUUUCAUAAAAUAUUCCCCCUUCCUCCUCUCCUGUUUUCUUUCUUUCUCUUUGUCCUUCACGCUAUCCUCCAGUCGUUGCCUCUGUGGCAACGACACUGCCGAUAUGGUCCAUCCCACGUGACCGCCAGUUUCGCUUUUGCCCGCUCCUCAUCUUCACGCGUCGCUGCCGCUCCAGUACAUGAAUAGAAAGAAGUAGAAGAAAUGUUUCUCUCUACCUGUUGUCUCUGAACCGCAGCCUUGUCACUGCUUCGGAUAUUUGUAGCCGCUUCCUGUUAGGUGCCUUGUGUAGCUGAUAUCUCUGCGAUGCAGAGUGCACGUGUGGGUGAAUGUAAAAACGCAUCUCACGCCGAACAACACUGGAAACCUAUCAAACAACAAACUGCACAAAAUGUUGGACAACUUGCGUAUAAUUUCACUAUUUGUAUGUAUUGUUUUUAUGUUUUAUAUGCUGCAGGACUUAUUUAAAUGCCGUCGACCAAUGUUACAAACUGUGACUUUAUUUUUAAAUGAUGUACAUGUAUUUCUAACACGAGUGUCACUAUUUGAAAUUGUGUUGCCGCUAGCUAAUGAAAGAAGCAGUUCGUUUACCUUUGUAUCUAAUAUUCUCAUGUAUCGCGAGUGAGACUGGUACUUAAACUGAUUUAUGAUCGCAUGACAGUAUAGAUGUGACACUAAUAAAGUGGAUUGGGAUGGAUGGAGCACUUGACCGUGUGUGCGGAAUACCUUCAAAAGGUUAAGAAAAAUGUUUAACGGACACUGCAGAAAAAUUGUGUUUGUCAUUUAUUUGCCUUUUGCAAAAAAAAAUAAAAUUAAAUUAAAAAAAAAUUCCAAAGCCUUUUGUGUAUUUGGAAUUCAAAAUUGCACCAAUUGAACCUGUCCUGACUCUCUUCACCGACCAAAAGUCUCAAAAACUGUUUCCAAAUUGAGUGUUUAUUUUAAAACUUUGUAGAAUUAGCGUCCCGUGUUGCUCAUUGCAGACAGUAUCAAUAAAUGUCGACUCAAAUACACAACACAAAGAAGUGAAUAAAUAUUUUGUUUUUUUAUGU